UAGAGAGAAAAACUAAGACAGAGAUAAUAUCCAGGCCUUAAUUGUAAUAAAAUACAAUAAACCUGUUUCUUUGAGAGCUGUGAAGACCUGUCUGCAGAUGAUGUAUUUAAGGUCGCAGCUACUCUUCCUGGGGUCCAGCAACAUUAAGGCAGUUGUAUACAAUAAAAAAUUACUUAACACAACACAUUAGGGGUGUUCCCUCAGGCCACUACUCUAUCACAUAUCUACAAUGAAUGUCCCAAGAGACUGCUUGCACAUCCUUGUAUGCCAUUGUGUACUUAUGUUAGCAAAAUGUUGUAUACAACAAUACAAAACAUACUACAGCUUCAGCAGGCCAAUCCUUCUCCUAGAGGUAUGCAGGCUUCUAUUCCAGCCCAGCACUAACACACCUGAUUUAACUUAUCAAACCUAAGGAGUUGAUAAUGUGUAUUAUUGCUGGGCUGGAAUAGAAGUCUACUCACCCAGUAGAUCAGGGAGUGGAGCAAGGUUGGCCUCCUCGCAUAUGGACUUUUGUUCACCAAGUAAUUAUGCUUUCAUAAUAGCCUACUUACUAAGAUGUCUAAAAUUUACAAACAAGUUAGCUUGUACAUUUUGAUUCAUUUAAGUGAUGUGUUUAAACUUGUUUUAAUUGUUAACUUAAAAUAUUAUUCAAGAUGAACUAGUGUUUAAUUUUCAUUCAUCACAGAUCACAAUUCUGCAAAAACAAUUCUGUCUCUAAUUUGUCUGUGUUGCUUUCUCAAAUUAACAUUACCUUUGUAUCCAGCUGUGAGCUCUCCAAAUCGGUUUUAUUUGAUUGUCACCAUAUCAGCCAUGUGAACCCAUUGUGCAGCUUAUCAUAAUGGCAUGCAUCACCAAUGCAGCCAUAGGCCUACAGUAUGAUGACAUAACUAGCCUAACGGGUAUGUGCAAUCAAUGUGCCCAUUGUCAUUGUACAUCUGAAGCAGAGAACAGCUAAACUCAGUUUCCAUAUUGAUGAGACCGAUAAUGCAUGAGGCUAAGCAUAAGCAAGAUUACCUACAUGAUGAUUUUUAUGACAAAAUUGUUUAGUGCAACUACAACCCUUGCAUUCUAGGUACAGUACAUAUAUAUUUUUUUAAAGCUGGCUAUUUUUAGACUAAUUAAAAAAUGGCAAAAAAGAAAAAAUGUUGCGUGGGGAGAUUUGUAAUUCUACCUCGUUUACUUGUCGAGAUUGUGUUCUAAAAUCAGAGACAAAAAUCAGAAUAUCAAUUGCAUGGAGGAUUGCAGAUGUUGAUCAAAUUUAAAUUUGUCACAUGCACCAAAUACAACAGGUGUAGACAUUACAGUGAAAUGCUUUCUUACAAGGUGGGUCAAGAGAUUUGCAAAGCUACAAUUUCCUUUAACCAAAUUACCCAUUCAUGUGAAUGUAGGCCUAUUUAUUUUACAGGUAGUAAGCUAUAAUUGUCAAUGUCAUUAGACAAUGAAAGAGCCAUAAGAUAAUGAGAAUCAUAAUGUUAAGAUACCAUAACCCAAUUAGUAGCAUAUUACAUGAGAAAUGCAAGCUUUGUAAAUUAUACACUGUUAUAAUUUGUGUUACUGGUGAUUUCUAUUCUUUGGUGGACACAUUUCACAAUUGGUGGCUUUGAUCACAGUUUUGAUGUCUAGGUUGCUUGAUUUUCAUAGCUAGCUAGCAGCACAAGCAAACAUUGAUGUGCAAAUCUCUCUUCACCCACCAUUAACAGCACCAACAAUCUCUGCAAUCCUCCUCCAUGCCAUUGACCUUGUGACUUUGUCUCUAUUCUAGCAAAGCAAAAUCAUAUAGAAUUGGAAAACCCGACAUGGCAAUGAUUUACGUUCCUCCAUCUGUUUUGGUUGUGCUGGUCUGGAACUAAACGACAGGUGGAAAAAUGUUGAAGCAAACAUCUGCUCCUCACCGGAUUGGUUAACAGCAGCAGUGGCCGCGUGCAAUUUGCAUAAAGUAGAGCUGAACUUUCUAUCGCACCACUAGCAGGGUUUGCGCCCCUCACCUUCCCACAAUCCCAUGUGCAUCGCUCCGCGUGCUCCCGUUGAAGAUGAAUGGGGGCGGAACUUCGUCUGGCGAAUUCGGAAGCGGUGUAAACCCUACCAGUUAAUACCGUAGCUACUUCAUAAUCUUAUUGGGUCAAAUAAGACAUGUCGAAAAGGUCUGCAGUAUGGCAGCAUUUCAUUGUUGUAAUGGAUGACGCCAAAAAAGUGGAAUGCAAACUCUGCAAACAGCGGUUUGCUUACCAUAGUUCGACAACGAAUAUGACAUAUCACUUGAAAACAGCGCAUCCCCAGUACAGCACGAGCGCCUCCACUGCUAGCUCAGGUUUAACCCAAACCACCUUGGAGCAGAAUUCCCCAAUCUCAGAAAAAAGAAAGAGCGAGAUAACCGAUGGUAUCGUGGACUUCAUUGCCUUGGACAUGAGGCCUGUUAACCUGAUAGAGGGCGUGGGAUUUAAGGAUAUGAUGAAAAUAUUGGAACCUGGUUACACUGUUCCCAAGAGAGAGACUGUUAUGCAUGCUCUGACAGCGAAAUAUGAGAACACAAAAGAGAAGGUUUUGGAGUCUAUCAAAAACAGCCAGGCAGUAAGUUUUACAACCGACAUGUGGACCUCACUGAGAAUGGAGUCUUACAUGACCGUAACUGCCCAUUUCAUUACGGAGGCCUGGGGACUGCAGUGUCUUGUGCUGGAGACAAAGCAAAUGGAGGAGAAUCACACCGCCGCCACCAUUGCGCAGAGACUUGGAGAAGUGGCCGACAAAUACGAAAUCCCAGGAUGUAAAAGGGUCGCUGUGGUACACGACAACGCCGCAAAUAUGGUUUUGUGUGCAGAUAUACUGGGGCGGGAGGAGAAAUGGGCAGGCGUUAAAGGAAUCAGAUGUGCUGGACACACCUUACAGCGGUGCAUCAACGCCACUCUCAAUCAAGACCCCAUCUGUCGCACUGUGGUUGCAGCCAGACACCUUGUGGCUCAUUUUAAGAAGCGAACAAAAGCCAGAAAGGGACUAAAGGAGAAACAAAAAGAACAAAAGGUGGUUGAACAUGUCCUGAUCCAAGACGUUUCCAUGCGGUGGAAUUCUUCUCAGACCAUGUUAGCGCGUCUGAUAGAACAGAGAUGGCCUGUAACAGCAGUGCUCUCCGACCCCAACUACACUGGGAAAAAUGAACGCAACCUUGAUCUCACCCCAGCGCAAUGGAACAUGGCAGAGGACAUUUCAAAUGUGCUGAAGCCCAUUGUCACCCUGACUGAGCUGCAGUCCGAGGAGGAAAAUGCAUCCUUAUCUGCAACCAUACCCAUGCUAGCCAACCUCAAACGCCGCCACUUGGCACCAGUGGAGGACGACAGCCCCACCACUAAGAGUCUUAAAACAAGGCUGGUGGAGGAAUCUGACAAAAGAUGGCAGCUCAAAGAACGACUAUUUGAGAGUAGUAUAUACGUCCAAGCAGCAGUCGUAGACCCCCGCUUCAAGCUGCUUUCAUUCCUUGACGAUGCAAAACGGGACGUAGCCUACAUCAACGUGUCCCAACUGGCCGACCGGUUGAGCGCUGAGGGAGACAGAGACAGCUCUACACCCACAGAUGAAGAGGUACCCGCACCAAAAAGAAAAAAAACGGACAAGGAGCGGGAGAUUGAUAUGCUAAUGUGUGGAGAUGAGGGAGAGAAAGAGUGUCAGGGGGAUAGCAAAAAAGAAGUUAAGUAUUAUCUCCAAGAUAGAACAAAAGUCGACGCUGGACCACUAGCUUGGUGGGGGAGAAAUGAGGACAGGUAUCCGAAGCUGGCCAGAGCAGCGAAAUACCUCCUCUCGAUUCCGGCGACCUCCACUCCAUCAGAGCGGAUAUUUUCCAAGGCAGGGUUUAUAUUCAAUAAAACGAGGAGCUGCCUUCUGCCCGAAAAUGUUGACAAGCUGGUGUUCCUGUCGCAUAACUUGAAAAGAUUGGGGAAGUAGGCUAAGCGGCAGCCCAGGUCUAUGUGAGUAAGUAGGCUAGUCCGAUACAGUUGACAGAUGGAGAAGAUGAAGCUAUUAUGCUAAAUGUUUGGAAUAGCCUAUGCUUAUUUUUGUAGCCUAGGCCUAUACAAGCCAUUUUAUAUGUUUAUAUGUUCAGCAUUAGUUUAAGCUGAUGUUGAUACCAUUUGGGGCUACAACUUGCUCUAUAUUUUGUUAUUCGUGCAUUUUAUUCAUAAUUAAACAUUUACUGUUUAAUGUUCAACUCUGUUGAUUGAAUACUAGGCCUACUGGCUGUAACUGCUGCUUUUCAUUUUAAUUAAGCACAAUUUAAAAUU